AUGAAAACCGCUUCACAACCUUCAGCUCCCCAUAACGCAGCAAGCAAAGUAAAGCGACUCGUUGGCAAAAUUCGCCGCCACUCACACCCUCCAUCCCCCGAAGCUUCCUCAGCAUCUCCCUCAUCAUCCGCAAAUCCAUCUCGCGAAUCUUCAUCAUGCCCUAUUCCACACAUCGGCAAACAUAGUCAGCGCCAAAGUCGCCGCGGAUCAGCCUCAGAUGAGGAGGAGCGCGCGCACGACCUUGAACUCUGGAACGCAGCAUACGAUGUCCUCAAGAGAGAUGGCACGUCCUCGGGUCUUGUGCUCGCGUAUGAGAGCAUUAUUUCUCAUGCACUCCCUGAUACUUUGAGGCCGGGACAUAACGGGAAUGGGAAUGGGCUACCGACAGAAAGUGAGAGGAGAGCGGAACUCAUGAUGAUGAUCGCAAAGUCUGGUUUAAACCGCGAAGUUAAGGAGACAUCACAAACAGACUCGGGAGAUGUUGAAGCAAGAGAAAAUCUGAUUCGCACAAGGUCGACUAUAGCUUCAUUACUCGAUGACCAGCCCAGCGCCGCUGUCGCUUGGGCGGGCUUCUGCUCACUAACACCACUUCUACUAGAACCCCUUCUCCGACAUGAAGAUAUUCGCCAAGGGUUUGUGCAUAUUGCACACACCAUUCCUCACUACAUGACCCUCCAUCGUGCCCUCCAUCCAUCAUCCUGGACAUCCCUACCAGAGUUCCAACGUCAACAGCCGCAAGUCCAUCAAACUCUUCUAACACUUUAUCGACGCAUCCUCGAGUGCGAGAUGAACAUUGUCUGCGCCGCUGCGAGCGCCUGGAACAUGGCUGCUCGCAACGUCGUCGAUUGGCAUGGCUGGAAAGGCAUGGCGGAUGCUGUGCGAGAUAUGGACGCUGAGUUGAUGGGCUAUGUCGAGAAGAAUGGCACAGAUGAGGCUAGGGCGUUGAUGGAGGUUCAGAGGAAGUUAGAGCCUGAAGGGGGAGGCCGCGGUGAGUUACAUGACGACACUUCAUCACCAAAUGCGUAA